AUGCCGCAUCUUCCUGGCGUCCAUCGGCGCAAGAACUCGCUGACAGGCAGCGCGCGCUCUUCACUUGACGGUCCUCGGGACAAUGGUGAGCAAGUCACGAAGGAGGAUGAGACAGUCGUCGAUGCGGAGCAGGGCAGCAUGCUCUCGCACAUCAUCUCCCAACUGCGCCCAGGAGCCGACCUUAGCCGAGUCACACUACCAACAUUUAUACUCGAGCCGCGAUCGAUGCUGGAACGCAUCACAAACUUCAUGGCCCACCCCGAGACAUUGCUCCCUCUGACCAAGAUCGACGACCCCGUUGAGCGCUUUGUCGCAGUGACCAAAUUCUACCUCAGUGGAUGGCACAUCAAGCCCCCAGGCGUCAAGAAGCCGUUGAACCCGAUCUUGGGUGAGAUCUUCACCGGCUACUGGGACUACCCAGAUGGUACCAAGGGCUACUACAUCUCCGAGCAGACAUCGCACCACCCGCCCAAGUCCAGCUACUUCUUCAUGGCUCCCGAGCACCACAUUCGGAUUGACGGCACACUGAAGCCGAGGAGCAAGUUCCUUGGCAACUCGGCCGCGAGUAUGAUGGAGGGCAUUGCGAUCCUGAGGUUCUUGAACACUGGGGAGCGAUUCUUCAUCACACAGCCCAACGUCUACGUGCGCGGAAUAUUGUUCGGCACUAUGAAGUACGAGCUCGGCGACCACGCUUACGUACGAUGCCCUGAGACCGGCAUGGUGGCCGAUGUCGAGUUCAAGACCAAGGGAUACUUCAGCGGCGCCUACAACGCCAUCGGCGGGUACAUCAAGGACAAGAACGGCAAGAACCUGUUCGAGCUGUCAGGAUCUUGGAACGAGGAUAUGUACAUCAAGGACUUGACAACCGGCAAGAAAGAACUUUUUUUCGACGCUGCGAAGACACGACACACACUACCCAAAGCACGGCCACUUGAAGAGCAGGACGAGCGCGAAUCACAGAGGCUGUGGCACGAUGUCACAGAAGCUGUCAAGCGCAAGGACCAGGAGAGCGCCACAAAAGCGAAGGCGCAGAUCGAGGACAGACAGAGAGAGGAGACAGCGGCGAGGAACAGCGAUAACAUCGAUUGGCACCCCCAGCUUUUCCGGGCCACUAGAGGUGGGCCUGGCGGGUCUGAUGAGGGCGAGGAAGAUCUCGAUUGGGUUAUCAACGCCAAAUUUGACGGACAAACCCCAGAGGAGAAGGUGAAGCAGAUUCUCCAGAUAUACGCUAUACUACCGGGUCAGAAGCCGGACAAGCAGUUCAGCAUCCCUCAACGGGGUGAGAGUCUUUCACGAGUCCAGACUCUGGAGGAUCAACCUGCACAAUCAGCAGACGGUGCGCCACUGGCACAAAUGGAGCAGCGAAGAGAAGUUGCGCAGGAGGGGGCCCAACAACCACCGUCAGUCCAACAAGACCCGCAGCAAUAUGCUGAGCAGGAACCACAGGUGCAGCAGGUGCAGCAGGUGCAGCAGCAGCUUGCUAGCGUAGACCUCGACCAAUCCGCACCACAGGCCAAGCCCAGCGCCGGCCAUGAGCCCGUCAGCUUUAGCUCACCCCAGGCCAACUCAGAAUACGCACCACCGAGUGCGCAGAAGCAGCCAGCGCAAAGCCAAACAACCGAGACUAACCCGCCGAGCAAGCUCCUGAACUCAAACCCCGCCCCUGAGCCAACACGGGAAGACAAGUUACAACGGAAGGACAGUGAGACGCAGGAGGAGGAUGAGUUCCACGAUGCGCACUCGUAG